AUGCGAAAUGGCCCAAAUCGUGGCUCUUUUAUGUGGGGAUCGUCUACUCGAAACUCAAGGAUAGAGCGCCUCUGGGUUGAAGUAGGAACCCAGUUCGUGAGAUGUUGGAGGGCAUUCUUCAGUCGCUUGGAGAGAUUGCAUGGCCUUGAUAUUGAGAAAACGGGUCAUUUGUGGCUCCUCCAAGGUCUAUUCUUGGAUGCUAUCAAUGAUGACUGUAAGAGCUUUCGAGAAGAAUGGAAUCUUCAUCCGAUCGCUGGCCCAUCAACGAACAAUAAGAGCCCACAAGUAGGUAGUGAUCGAGUCAAAAUUGUGAACACUGACACAGCAUUUAUCACAGGAUCUGCGACUGAUAAGCCAGGCAACACUUGGCAUUUACCAAGACAAUUGUGA